AUGUCCGGCCCACCGUCUCGCAUCCGCUCAAUUCUCGGCCAUCUCGUUCCCCAGCACUCCACGCCUCCUCACAUCCACCAGCUGUCGCCAACCUUCUUCCUGGAGCGCGCCGCAUCUAUCGAGCCCAAUGCCGAGGCUAUCUUUCACAUCACCUCUAAUGGCGCGAUACUGCACCGGUCCUAUCAGGAAUUCGCCGAUCGCGCCAGAGGCCUGGCCUACUAUUUGAAAAAGCACGGCUUCAAGCGCGUUGGUGUUCUCGCACCCAAUACGCCGGCUUUUCUCGAAGCCAUCUACGGCAUCCCGGCCGCGGGCGGUGUUAUUGCGCCUGCAAACUACAGACUCAAGCCAGAUGACAUUGCUUACAUAUUCGAGUUUGCCGAAGUUGAUAGCAUCAUUGUCGACCACGAGUUUGUUGGCCUUUUGGACCUGUUCAAGGAGAGGCACCCGAAGAUUCCCCUGAUAAUUGACUCGGAUACCGAUGCCACAGAGGGCCAACUAUGCGGGCCUUUUGAUGAAGCUGUCUUGGAGGGUUUAAACUAUGAUCGCUCGACUGGAAACACAGGCUGGGCCGGCCUCCAUGCGCACGCCACCAACGAGGAUGACAUGAUUGCUAUUCCCUUUACUUCGGGCACCACAUCUCGUCCCAAGGGUGUUGUUUACACCAACCGCGGAUCAUAUCUUGCCGCCAUGGGCAACAUCAUUGAAUCAGGACUUAACAAUGGCCGCUGCAAAUAUCUGUGGACUCUGCCCAUGUUUCACGCCAUAGGCUGGACUUUUCCUUGGGCCGUUGUCGCAGUGCGCGGCGUAAAUGUCUGCUUGAGAAAGAUUGACUACCCAUUGAUAUGGAAGCUUCUAAAGGAGCAGGGCAUUACGCAUUUCAAUGCGGCCCCUACAGUCAACACUCUGUUAGUAGCAGCAAAAGAGGCCGAAAGGCUUCCGCAAGAGGUCCGAGUAACGGUCGCGGCUAGUCCGCCAAGCGGCCACCUCUUUGAGCAAAUGACCAACCUCAAUCUCAUUCCGGUUCAUGUCUAUGGAAUGACUGAGACGUAUGGCCCGCUCACCAAAUGCUACAUCUUGCCAGAGUGGGAUAAUCUUCCGCCACAUGAGAAGUACGCCAAAAUGGCCCGCCAAGGCCACGGCUUCAUCACCAGUCUUCCCAUUCGAAUAGUCAAGCCCGAUCAACCCAACGGCGCGCUGAUAGAUGUGGCCAAGGACGGCAAAGAAAUUGGCGAGAUUGUCUUCUUUGGAAAUCUCUGUGCAAAGGAAUACUACAAAGACCCCGAGGCCACCCGCAAGUUGUUUGAGGGAGGCGCUCUACGUUCAGGGGACCUGGCUGUAUGGCAUCCCGAUGGCAGCGCUCAGAUUCUGGACCGCGCCAAGGACAUUAUCAUCUCUGGUGGCGAAAACAUCUCGUCGGUGGCACUGGAGAGUAUGCUCGUUGAGCAUCCUGACGUUCUCGAAGCCGGCGUCGUAUCCGUUCCUGAUUCCCACUGGGGUGAGCGACCCAAGGCCUAUGUAACAGUCAAGGAGGGGAAGAACUUGGUUGGCGAGGACGUCAUCAAUUGGGCCAAGCAUCAGAGCAACAUUAGCAAAUUCAUGGUGCCAAGAGAGGUGGAGAUUGUCAAGGAGCUGCCCAAGACAAGCACAGGCAAGAUUAAGAAGAAUGAUUUGCGGCAAUGGGCUAAGACAGGGCGUAAGGAGUAA